AUGUCGUAUCUCGAUAAGCAGGUGUCGCCGAUCAGCAAGCUGAUGUUCGAUAUAAAAACCAUGGUUGACUAUGCACAGUCCGAAAACUCCACCACCACUACACCACCAAUUACAAAGAUGAUCUCAGAAACCGCACCAGCUGUCCGACCUCAGAGACGAGGUUCUGAGGGAGUAGCCGGCGUCAGAGACAACGCCUUUAUAUCAUUCUACAACGACUGCGACGUCAGCGAACUCCUUUUCAAGGAACCAGCAUUCGCACAUGGGUUUAUUCCUCUCGAACCAGAGCCAGAACAGCCGGCGAAAUCCAAGGCAGUGCCAUUCAAGGCCACGAGAAGGCCCACAGAGCACAUGAACACCGGCACCACGCCUCCCUCGACGAUUGUGGAGAAGAAAACCGUGGACCCUACUCCUCUCAAGGCAUCCGUCGAGGCCGACCGCAGCUCAGAAAAAAAGUCCUACGACAAGGAGCGAAGGCCGAGUUUCGUCGAGGUUUCGGUCCCACAUGCCAACCACGAGGAACACGCGCCUCAUCACCACAGACGACAUUCUUCCGAGACUCACCUCCCCAUGAGCUGGUGGCCGGAGGAUGAAACCCGGGCAACGCACGCCUGGGUAGAGCGCACUGAGAGCGGCGUAGAGGACGACAUGUCCGACGCUGACGAAGAGGAAGAUGCCAUUGAAGAAGCUUUUUACGCUUCGUACGAUUGA